CUUUGGAACGUUUUAUUACCCUUAUAUAAUAAAAAUAAGAAUAUUUAAUAUUUAAUUUGUCUACAAUAAGAAGGGGAUAGAGUGACGGCCAAAGCUUUCCCUUCCUCUUUCUCUGAAAUUGUUUCAAAAAAUUUCCCCUUUUCGAUUCAAUCAUGAGUAACGAAUAUGAUUAUCUGUUCAAGCUUCUACUUAUCGGCGAUUCCUCCGUCGGAAAAUCCUGCUUGCUUCUCAGAUUUGCUGAUGAUUCUUACGUGGAUAGCUACAUCAGUACCAUCGGUGUUGAUUUCAAAAUCAGAACAGUGGAGUUGGACGGCAAGACAAUCAAGCUGCAAAUUUGGGAUACUGCUGGACAGGAGCGUUUUCGGACUAUUACUAGCAGCUACUACCGAGGAGCUCAUGGGAUAAUAGUCGUCUAUGAUGUUACCGAGAUGGAGAGCUUCAACAAUGUCAAGCAGUGGUUGAACGAGAUUGACAGAUAUGCUAAUGACAGUGUAUGUAAGCUUCUGGUUGGGAACAAAUGUGAUUUAGUUGAGAACAAGGUUGUCGACACGCAGACAGCGAAGGCAUUUGCAGAUGAAAUUGGGAUUCCUUUCCUGGAGACAAGUGCUAAAGAUUCAAUCAAUGUGGAGCAGGCUUUCUUAACCAUGGCUGGCGAGAUUAAGAAAAAAAUGGGUAACCAGCCAACUGGGAACAAGUCAGCCGGAACUGUUCAAAUGAAGGGACAACCGAUCGAACAGAAGAACAAUUGCUGUGGCUAGUAGCCGGAACUCUUUUAGAUCGUAAACAUGUUGCAUAUCAUAUGAAUGUUUCAGAAACUAAAAUGCUGCCUACUUGAACUUUUUCUGUGUAAGUUGAAGUACCAAUGCAUGUUCCUCUGUAUCUUAUAUUUUCGUUAGAUUAUAUACCGUAUUUGCUGAAAAACAAAAUGUUGGAAGUACUGAACUUGAGUGCAGGAACCAUUAUUAGUAA